GGUUUGGACGCGGCUCUAACUGGCCACGAGGCGAGCUUCCUUUCCCCUCGAGCAGCCCCAACGUGGCUGGCCCUGCCCCUCCGCACCUGUUGCGAACACGUUGCGCGCCAGGGAGAGAGAAAAAGUUCAAGCAAAGACCGAAGAGUUUCCCUUCUUUCUUUUCCUCCCCCCCUCAUCUGGCGAGUCCGGCUUCUUCAGGCAUUUCCGGGUUGGGGAAAAAGAAAAGAAAAGCCUCUCUGUUUCUUUUCUGUUUGCGCAUCCAUCCCAACUCUUUGGACUGCUGGGCUUUUGGUUAACAUCAGCGAAGGAAAAGAAAUCUUCCCCUCCCCUUCUGCGUCUCUUCUCCAGGUGCCUUCUGGAUCAGAGGGAUCAGGUAACGCCGGAAGCGAUCGGAAACUCGCCCCCCCUUUCUGAGAAGAUACCUAUUAGAGGGUCUUGGGGGCCGUUUCUCUCGACAUACGUCUCACACACAUAUCCAGGUAGAAAAGUGGGGCCUUUCAUAAAUUCUGCUCUUCGAGUUGAGAUUUGAACCCAGGCCUCAAGGUGGAUUUGUGGACAUGAUGUUAAUCUACAUUUAGGCAGAGGAAGCCUGCAAAACAGAUGUGCUACAGAAUGUGUGUUUAGAUGCACUCCAGUCCUCGCGAGUAAAUGGUCAUUUGAAGCAAUGGAAAGACCUGGGGAAGAACUCUCUGAAAGUUCCCAUGUGGAGGACAAGGAAGAGGAUGGAGCAGCCUCAGGCAUCUCUUCUACUCUCUGCUUGAAUGAUGUGGGAAACAUGCAGGUGGAGAUGCUGGAGAAGGCCAGGGAGCUCUUCAGGCUCUGUGACAAGGAGGAGAAGGGCUUUAUCACCAAGCUGGACAUGCAGCGGCUACAAAGUGAACUUCCUCUCACUCCUGAACAACUAGAAUCUGUUUUUGACAGCCUAGAGCAAGACAACAAUGGGUAUCUCACACCAGUCGAAUUCAGUAUGGGACUAGGCAAGUUCAUAGGGAUUGAGCAGUAUGAGAGCUCUGGAAGCACCAGGCACGAGGAGACUUUUGAGUCAGGCUGGUCAGAUGACUUGGACCAGGAAGAGGAAGAGAAGAGGUUUUGCUCCAUGUUGGAGCAGCUGGAAGCAUCCCAGGUCUUUGAAGAUCAAAACGAGGUUCAGGAGCUCUGGGCUCAACUCCGGAAAGAAAAGCCGGAACUCCUGACCAGUUUUGAAGAAUUUCUCUUCCACAUUUCCUCAUAUGUCAGGGACAUACAUCACGAGAAGGAAUCCAUUGAGCAGGCAUUGAAACGGAGGGAGGUAGACCAUGACCGUGAAAUCAGGUGCCUUUAUGAAGAAAUGGAGCAACAAAUCAAAGCAGAAAGGGAACGGCUGCUGAGCCAGGGAUCAAUGAAGCAUGAGAAGAGCAGCUUGCUUCAGAAAGAGCUGCAGAGCAAAGAACAAGAAUUUGAGAAGAUGCUGUACCACCAAAAAAAGCUGGAACAUCAGUUACAGUCCCAGAGCUCAGAGCAGCUGGAAAUGCGGGUGCAAAAUGAGAGGCUGAAAAUCUUGAACGACAAUCUCCUGGACCAACUGGAGAGAAGCAAAUGGGAGCUGGAGGUAGCCCGAGGUCACCUGCAACAGCUGCAGAAAGAAGCCCAGCUAGAGCAGGAACAGAAAAACAGGGAUGUAUUCAGAGUCUCUAAGAAUAUGCAGAAAGAAAAGAAAAGCCUCCUGCGACAACUGGAACUGCUCAGGGAGAUGAACAAGAAGCUGCGAGACGAGAGAGAUGCCUUUGAAGCCAAGAAGCUGGCACUCGAAAGCAAAAGACCCCUCUUGAAGAAGGGGUCAGCGAUAGGCAAAUACCUAGUGGAGGAGAAGCCAGUCAAACGGCAGCUUGCUCCAGGAAGUACUCCUCUUGUCCUGCCAAAAGAUUUGUAUUUGGAAGAGAAAAACUGUAAACUCUUCCUGACCAACACUGCCAGUUUGAAGCAGGGAAGAGGAAUUAAUUCAUCUUUGGGGGAAUAUGCGGUUCUUAGGAAAACAGAGAAGCAGGAAACAGCAAGAAAUGUUGGGAAGCCAAAGUCUCUGAUGAAGACCAGCACAAUCCAGAGAGAAAAGACCAACAAACCUAAUUAUCUUCAUUUAUCACCAAGAAGGCUGCCCAUUGGUAAUGAAACUCUGAUAUUGGAACCAGCUAGUUCUUCUCCUGACCGUGUCUUCAAAGUAGUGUUUCUUGGUAAUUCCGGAGUUGGCAAGAGCACCUUCAUCCAUCGCUUCUGCUACAAUAGAUUCCUGGCUGGGAUCAGCUCAACUAUUGGUGUUGAUUACCAGGUGAAGAGUUUGAUGGUUGAUAACACACAUGUGGUUUUGCAGCUAUGGGAUACAGCUGGGCAGGAAAGAUUCCAGAGUAUUACCAAGCAGUAUUUCCGAAGAGUGGAUGGCAUCCUGGUCAUGUAUGACAUCACAGCAGAGUGCUCCUUCAUGGCGGUCCGAAACUGGAUGAGUUGUAUCCAGGAUGGGAUUGAAGAUGGUGCAGUGAUAUUUCUGGUUGGAAACAAAAUGGAUGCAGCAGACAAAGAUGAACCCAAAGUCCCCAGGGCUGAGGGGGAAAGGCUGGCAAAGGAAUAUAAAGCUGUCUUCUAUGAGUGCAGUGCAAGGACCGGCUAUAACAUUCAGGAGCCCAUGCUGCACAUGGCAAGACUGCUGACAGCACAUGAGGACAAGCAGAGAGAGCAGGCAUUGCACCUGGAGGAGUACAACAAGAGGAAGGGAUGCUGUUUGUAACAGAAUCGUUCAGGGAUAUGUUAGAAAAUAAAGAACAGCCUAAAGCACAGAGUUGGCUGCCUCCCUGCAAGAAGAUAGGGAUAACUGUGAUUGAACUGAAGGAAGAUUCAAGGUCUUAAAAAGAAAA